GAUACCUGCUGCUCCGAGACCUUUGGUGGUUUGUUCCUGAGCACCCAGUUCUGGAAUACCUACACCGGCCUCGAAUCCGAGGGCCAGGUUCUGCCCGCCAACAGUUGGACUCUCCACGGCCUCUGGCCCGAUUUCUGCAAUGGCUCGUACACGCAGUACUGCGACUUGAACCGUCAAUACGACCCGGCCCCUUCUCCCAACACCACCACAGGCACCGCAAACGGAACCCGCGUUCCACCUUACACUGGUCCCUCAAUCGACACCUUCCUGCACCCCUUCGGCAAAUUCGAUCUGCUGGCCUGGAUGAGCAAGUACUGGAUUAACCAAGGCGCCCCAAGCAAGAAUCUAUGGGCCCACGAGUUCUCCAAACACGCCACCUGCUACUCGACCUUUGACACCCCCUGCUUCGGCCCAGACGCGCAACCGCACUCCGACGUCGUCAACUUCUUCGAGACCGCAAUCACUUAUUUCCUGCGCCAUCCAACCUACGACUGGCUCUCCGCAGCUGGAAUUACUCCGUCGAACAAGACCGCAUACACCCUCGACGAAAUUCAAUGGACGUUGACCCAGGCUUCUGGCGCGGUGCCAUACCUGGGCUGCACUGGUCCCCGCUUCAAUGAGACCGCAGCCGGAAAAGGCUCCCAGGACAACGGGCGAACCGUCUUGGAUGAGGUCUGGUAUUAUUUCCAUGCCCAUGGCCGGCCCCAGGAUUUGAAGUAUAAGCCUGUUGAUGCUGAUAGUGUGGGUAGUGACACGUCCUGCGCGCAUAGCAAGGGUGCUGUUUGGUACUAUAAGCGCACUAAGGGCUCUGAGGCAGCCGCUUAG